AUGCAGAGAGUGAGCUUUGAAGUACCGGACUAUCAUCACUCAGACACGGAGGCGGAGAAGAGCAGCGAAGACAUAGUUCCCGUGAGCGGAUCAUUGCCGUUGACCAACGAAAACCCGGCGAUGGAAAACCUUGGAAACAAGGCGGCGGAUGACGAAUCGAGCGUGAAGGAAGAUGAUACAGAGCUGACGGCGCAUAAACGGAGCGGUCGGGUGAAGCGGCUAGCUUCAGACGUUUCUAACAAGCUCAAGCGCUUGAAACCAUCUGUCUUUGGAGAGAGUAAGCCAACUGGAUUGGACCGUUCAAAGUCAACGGCUGGUCGGGCCUUGAAAGGGCUCAAGUUCAUCAGUAAGACCGACGGUGACGCUGGCUGGAGUGCCGUGGAGAAGCGGUUUCUUAAGAUCACGGCCACUACUGGUGGAUUGCUACUUCGGUCAAAAUUUGGUGAAUGCAUAGGGAUGAACUCAAAGGAUUUUGCUUUGGUAUUGUUCGACGCAUUAGCUAGAAGAAAGGGUGUGACAGGGGAUGUGAUUGAUAUGGACCACUUAAAGGAAUUUUGGGAACAAAUAAGUGAUCAAGACUUUGAUUCCAGGCUUAUGACAUUUUUUGACAUGAUGGAUAAAGACGCCAAUGGUAGAUUGACCGAAGACGAAGUUAGAGAGAUCAUCAAUCUUAGUUCGUCUGCCAACCAUCUGUCAUCCAUCCAGAAAAAGGCUGAUGAAUAUGCAGCAAUGAUAAUGGAAGAGCUUGACCCUGACCAUAUGGGGUACAUCAUGGUGGAUAGUCUUAAGAGAUUGCUUCUGCAAGCGGAAACACAAUCUCUAAGCACAAAUAGUGAAGACAGAAAGGAGCUGAGCGACAUGUUAAGUGAGAGUCUCAAGCCUACGCGUGACCCUAACCCGUUGAGGAGAUGGUACCGUCAACUGAGAUAUUUCAUACUGGAUAACUGGCAAAGAAUUUGGGUGAUAGGGCUAUGGCUCACCGUUAUGGCCAGCCUCUUCGCGUACAAGUAUAUUCAAUACAAGAAUAAAGCAGUGUAUGAAGUGUUGGGGCAUUGUGUGUGCUUGGCCAAAGGUGCAGCAGAGACGCUGAAGCUAAACAUGGCAUUGAUUUUGUUACCUGUAUGCAGAAAUACUAUCACAUGGCUUAGAAAUAAGACUAGGUUGGGUGUUUUUGUCCCUUUUGAUGACAACCUCAAUUUUCAUAAGGUUAUAGCCGUUGGAAUUACGGUAGGAGUAGGGAUACACUCUGUGGCGCACUUGGCUUGCGAUUUUCCGCGGCUAAUCUCUGCAACCCCAGAAGAAUACACGCCUCUAAGAAAAUAUUUCGGGGAGGAGCAACCAAAGAGAUACUUGCAUUUUGUGAAGUCAACAGAAGGAAUAACAGGACUUGUAAUGGUUUUCUUGAUGGCUAUAGCUUUUACACUGGCACUGCCUUGGUUUAGACGGGGGAAGCUAGAAAAAAAGCUUCCAGGGCCACUAAAGAAACUCGCGAGCUUCAAUGCCUUCUGGUACACUCACCAUUUGUUUGUUAUAGUCUACAUUCUCCUUGUGGUUCACGGAUACUACUUGUAUCUAAGUAAGGAAUGGUACAAGAAAACGACGUGGAUGUACUUGGCAGUACCAGUAGCUCUCUAUGCAUGCGAGAGAUUGAUACGAGCAUUCAGGUCCAGCAUCAGGACAGUAAAAGUUCUUAAGGUAGCAACUUAUCCUGGAAAAGUAUUGACUUUGCAAAUGUCAAGGCCUAAGAACUUCAAAUACAAGAGUGGUCAAUACAUGUUCGUAAAUUGUCCAGCAGUCUCACCGUUUGAGUGGCAUCCAUUUUCAAUAACUUCUACACCACAAGAGGACUUUCUUAGCGUUCAUAUAAAAUCACUAGGAGACUGGACAGAGGCUAUCCAAGGAGUCUUCUCCGAGUCUUGGAGUCCGGGUAAGAUAGUUUUUGUGUGGAUGUCUCAGGUAUCUAAGCCAUCUCCGGCGGGAGGCACAUUGCAUGGUGCAGAUAGUCCCCGUUUCCCCAGAAUCAUGCUUGAUGGUCCGUACGGCGCACCAGCUCAAGACUACAAGAAGUACGAGGUAGUUUUGCUGAUUGGCCUCGGCAUUGGAGCCACUCCCAUGAUCAGCAUUAUCAAGGAAAUUAUCAGCAAUACGGAGACCAAAGAACAGCUCAGCCAAAUGGAGAAGGGAUCGAAACAGGAGCCACAAGGUAAGAAAGAAACUUUCAAAACGAGAAGGGCUUACUUCUACUGGGUAACAAAGGAGCAGGGCACUUUUGAUUGGUUCAAGAACAUCAUGAACGAGAUAGCAGAACGGGACAAAAGCAAAGUCAUAGACCUACACAAUCAUUGCACUAGUGUUUACGAAGAAGGAGACGUUCGUUCUGCGCUGAUACGUAUGAUUCAGUCUCUAAAUUAUGCCAAGAAUGGUUUAGACAUUGUUGCUGGGACAAGGGUCAUGUCCCAUUUCGCAAGACCUAACUGGAAAAACGUCUACAAACAAAUAGCUAUGGAUCACCCUGGCGCUAAUGUUGGAGUGUUCUAUUGUGGAGCACCGGUAUUGACAAAGGAACUAAGGCAUCUAGCUUUGGAAUUCACACACAAGACAAGUACUAGAUUCUCCUUCCACAAAGAGAACUUCUAAAGACAAUAUUGUAGCUUCUACCCACAAUGCUGAUCAAAUAGAGUUUGAUGGCCAACAAAUUAAUGAAAUUUUGUGGUCAGUGUGUCGAGUUUCUGUUUUGAGAAUUGAAUUUUGGUGUUGUUUUUUGUUUCCUGAAUAAAAAGUGGGUUGUAAUGAUUAUAUGGAAUGUAUGUUUUAAGCACUUACACUUUUUUUAGCUGCAUUAUCUAACUUUUCAUCAAAAAGAGAGUACAACUAACUUUUCAUCGCCGGAUGCUGUCGUUACAUAUUACAUUACAAUAAACAUGUGGCCAAAUUCAAUAUUUUGGGGUCUGCAAGUUUGUACAGACCGUCCUAGUAAGUGUAGGAAGAGCUAAUGAGAAUCUCUUGGGCGAGUUCAAAGGAGUAUGCAUGUCUUCCACGAAAAUCCUUCUCGGAAUAUGCUAU